UCCUUGCCGGCCACGUGGCCGGAGCCGCAAAAAUUCCGAGGAAUUACGACAAGCCGAGCGGCGCCGAAUGCAGCCAGGUCCGAGGGCCCGGGGGGAAACGUCGACUCUCGUCCAAGGCCGAGCGGAUAGAAAGCGGUCCGAUCGCGAGGAAAGUCUCCCGCGCCCGGGCCGGGCCGGGUCUCGAAAGCGUUAGACGCGCUAGACGCGCCCGAGGUUCGUUCAAAGUCGCCCGACCGGCAUGGCAAGUGGGACCGAGAUAGAGGGGGCCCGCGAUGAUGACGUCGCGCGACCGCGCGUGACGCAUGCGCGGAGGCGAGACGAGGUGCCCUGCCACUCGGUGGCAUUUGCGCUUCGCAUGCCGCGGCCCGGAGAGGUCCCACCCGGUGGUCUUUCUCUUUUCGCCGCUCGGCGGUGACGGUGUCGCGCGACUCCACUUUCCCGAGUUUUCGCGACCGCGCCGCAGUGGAUCACGGCGGAUCACGGCGGAUCACGGCGGAUCACGGCGGAUCACGGCGGAUUCGCCUCGAUCCCGGACGGGAAGGUGCCACCGAAAGUUCGCUCGGUCGACCAAGUGCAACGGGCUGCGCGUCGCCGCGGAUUCGGAGGCCGCCGGAAUGGUCGCGGGGAGGGAAUCGAAUCGAGAGGUGUCGGCGUAGCGGGUGCUCGGGCAAAGCCGCGAUCAUGGAAACGUGACCUCUGGGGGACCCGGCGAGAUAAGAUAGGUCUCGCUUACCGCGUAUGCGUCGCGCCCGGCACGGUUCGGGAAACGGUCGGCCGUGUCCGACUGUACGCGACCGAAGCGCACUGUACACGGGGCAACGCGUGCAGUGGCGUGGCGGGAGCUGGAGACCGCGGUGCCAUCCUUGCCCGCUCAUCGACCAAAGAGCGUAAACAAGAUGCCUGGGGUAGCUAUCGAGCUCACAGACUUCGAAACUACGGGAAUGAAUCACAAUGUCUACAGUUUUGACAGCAUCUCCGAGCGGCCGCGCUCGAGCGGAGCCAUGGAGAAGGCGCGCUUCUGCCCGGACGAGGAGUCCGACACGGGCUCGGACGGCAACUCGAGCAGGAAGACCUCGAGCGACUCCGAGAGUUCCGUCCUCGAUUCCCUGGACGACUACCGCAACAUGUCGGUCAGCUCGGACGGUUCCUGCCCGACGACGGAGGCCGAGGACCAGCCGGACUCGGGCGGCGCUCCCGGGAAAUUCGACGACCUCGCGGAGAAGAUCGAGAAGCUGCGCUUCUCCCGGGGCCAGCUCAACGUGAACCAGGCCCCGAACGAGCGCCGUUUCCUCGGGUACUCGACGGACGAGACCGUGUCCCGUCGCGUCGGGCAUGCCGACGACUCGGCGGAUCUGGAAAACAAUAACGUAGACGUUUUUUAUCACGAAGAUUACGAAGACGCGCAGUCUUCGAACAUUCCGCUGGAAGAAAAUGGCGGACACGACGCGGAGAACGGCGAUAACGACGACAACGACGACGACGACGACGACGAUGACGACGACGACGACGACGACGACGACGACGAAGACAACGACGACAGUGACUUGAUAGAGCGGGGUCCGGCCAGGUCCAACUUGCACGCGUCCAGGAGCAAGCCCUACUCCGCCCUGGACUGGCUAAUCCAGCACGAAGGGAGCUCCGCCGUCGUUUCCGAUUACGACACCACCGCCAAGCAAAUAUUGACCGACAAGCGGUACAGCGAGAGGAUCAACCCCUGUCUGGACAGACUGUCGGACAUGAGUCGGGGCUGCGAGGACACCGGUAGCGGAUGGGUCUCGCCGACCGAGGACGAGAGGUCUCCCGCCAACGACCGACCGAACGGUCCCAUCCUUGACAUGACUCCUCCGACCCGCAACGCUAACGCCACCCUGCCCUCGAUCGUCCUCAACUCCCGAGAGGAGUCCUCCCUUUUGGACAUCUUGGCCUGCGGGGGGUUCCAGCCCGCCCGGGUCCUGUCCGACUCUAUGGGCAACGCCGUUUCGUCCCCGCUGACCAGCCACGAGAUUUGGAUAGACUCUCCACCGGCUGUCUACAACACCGCCACCUCGAGACCUAGCAGCCGGUCCUCGAGUUGCGGUCAGUCGUCGGCUUCUGGAAUCAAUCUGGGCUCGCCGCUGAUGCUGGUCAACAUCGCGGGCAGUCCCAUGGGCUCGCCCCAGAUGGCAACGAGCUACAGAGCGCCCCAGGGACUGUCUCCGUCAUCGUCUUCCAACCAAUCCAACGGGGACGCGCCGAGCCCGUGCGUCUACGGCAGUCCCAUAGACGGCAACGCGGAGAGGCAGCUGGGGGACUGUUUCGAUCGCUUCUCAACUUGGAGGAAGGACUUCGAGCCCGUGGGAGUCUUCGCCAACGGUUCGGGUAUCCUGAACGCUAUCGACAGCAACGAGCUGCAACUGGUGGAGGAGGUCAUCAGGGACUUGGGCCGGAAGAAGGACAGCGUCGAAGACAUGCAAGUCGUUCCAACAUCCCGCAGUGGGCCGUCGGCCCGGGAUGCGGUCUCGGAGAGGGUUUCGAGACCCGCCAGGAAGGGUCCUCCAUCCGUUGGCACCGGUCUGGAUGCGCCUUCCAGGAUACCGGAGAACGCGUUCUCGCAAGAUGCGAGUGGUCGGAACGAUGAUCAGAAGACGUCCGGGAAGAGGGUGAGGAACACGGUGUACAACGGUACGCGGCACAUCCGCGACGGGAGUCCCGACUUCGGGGAGACGGGAUCCAUCAUCAGCGAGGCCCAGAAGAGUCUGGUAUAUCCGAACUUUGCGGACUUGAUCGACUUCCCGUACUCCGAUGAAAUGCAGACCAGCGGGGGUUACGUCGAGAGCGUGCCGGGAAUCAGCCACGGCUGCCUGGAUUUCGGUACCACGAUGGACGAAAUCCUGGUCAACGAUUACUCGUCCCUUGCUCCCGUCCAAGACGAUUCCGUUCGAGGGAACGCGAGUAGGUCCUCGAGCGGUAUCAUCCUGGUGGACAGUUCGUCGGCCUCCAACGACUCCUUGCAGUCUGGUGGCGAUUUUUUGGGUAACACCGUCACGAAUCACCCGACGGUCUCCGUCAACGGACGCGGUGACGGAUGCGGUGACGGAUGCGGUUACGGACGCGUACCCGAGAACGCGUCCAACUCCAGCGAGACUACUUUGAACGUCUUCCAGAUACCGGAGAGCGUCUCCUCCUUCACCUCGCAUCGACCCAGAAGCAAAAGUUUGGGAAGACACAUAGCUCCCUGGCCAUCUUUGAAUCUGCCCUCGACUGCUGCGAGCGAAAGACUGAAAGAGGGGCUGGACCCUAAGGAGGUCGAACGAGCCAUGAAGAAUCUCCUGAAGAAAUCGACAAAGGAGCUCGCCAAGACGGACGAGGACGGUGAUACAAUGCUGAUGUGCCUGGUGGGCAAUCCGGAGGAGCUGGAUAAGAAGAAGGCCUACUUGGCACCUCUGGUGGAAAGACUCGGUAACGUCAGGGGAGCUCUCUCGGUGAUGAAUAAUCGCGGGGAAGAUGCGCUUUAUCUUGCAGCGAUGAACUGCCCUAAGGUCUCCUACGUUACGGGAUAUCUGGCAGCGGCGCUGCUGCAAAAAGGGAUCGACAUAACGCAAACGUUAUACCAGACGAGGGGGGACACCUUGGUGCACGCAGUCGCAGCCAAAGGCGACUCUCACGGUGCAGUCUUGGCGGAGCUCCUCGUCCUAAGGACACCUCAAGGGAAUUCGGUCUUCGAUCUAUCUAAAUGCAACUAUGACGGAAAAACUGCACUGCACGUAGCGGUGGAAGCGCACGACCCUUCAGGGACCGGAGUGAACACCAUUGCUACGGUCAGACUUCUCCUUGAAAACGGGGCUAAUCCAAAAAUUCGCGAGACCAAAUCCGGGGACACUGCGCUUCACAUGGCGGUGUCCCUGACCUCCGACCCGUCCUUGGUGAAGGCCUUGUUGAUAAUGAACGGCCGAGAGGCGGUAAAUGUGACGAAUUACAACUGCAACACACCGGUGCACGUGGCCUCCGCCGUCUCGAACUCGGUGAGUCUGGAAAGGCAGAUGGAGGUCUGUCGACUCCUGGUGCACGCUGGGGGACAGACCAACGUUCAGAACCGACAAGGGAAGAUGCCACUGGCUCUGGUGACGCCCGACAGGAAGGAUGUCAUCAGAAGGAUCUUCCACAAGAAAUCGUGAACGGACCGACAAAGAAAACCGAUGCGUCCAAGCUGAGGGAAGGACGGGUCGACGGGUCGUUAUCGAUUCGAUCGAGUUUACGAAGAAAGACAAAACCUUGCCGUAGAGACGAGCUUAAAGCACUCUUGCACUACUUUUCGGACGUCUCUAAGCAGUGCCAUCAUUUUUCAAGAACGUUUCACAUCCCUUUCUUUUUCUUCCAUUUUGUAUUAAAACAAAAAUUCGAAGAAUGUAAACAGAGACCACAGAGCUUUUUUCAUAAGAAUAAUGUAACAGCGGUUCAGGAUAUGUCAUUUCUGCAAGGUGGAUCGUAGACACCUGUCUGCUGCAUUUAAAAAGGAUAAAAGUGUACGGGUCGAAAAAACGUCUAUUUCAUAAAUGCCACAAGUAACGACGACCAGUGAUAAGAGACCGUCGAAGGGAAUGUCAACGUGCCGCAAAGUCGAACGAUCGUAAAGCACUGCAGCAAACUUCUAUAAGACUGAGACUUGAGGGAAAAAAAAACCCUUUAACGUUAAGUUGUGCGAAUACUUAAGAUAAUACGAAUAUGACUUCUGAGGAGUCCCGUUUUUGACAUUUUUCUCCGAACUAGGUGCACCGAGUCGUCCGACAUUUUACCAUGUGAAUACGGAGACCCCAAAGAAGGUUCUGACGCCCACGAAAUUCAAUUUUUGUUUACAUUGAUCUGUAAAUACAUUUAUAAUUUUGUAUGAAAAUAAAAUUUCACGAAUAUCAGGCCCUUCCUUAACGCCUCCACAUUCACGUAGUGAGAUUUAAAAGAAUUCGGUACAGCCCAUUUGAGAAAAAGUUUCAUAAACGAUUGACUCCUCGGAUAUCACUUUUGUGUCACCUUGAGUCUUUCUACGGGUCUCCCACGCAUCGCGCGAUGCGCCCAGCGUGGGAUUGGUAAUACUAAUUAUAAGCAGGACUUGUAAAAUCGCGUUUUUAAAUAAGAUUGUUUUGCGCCGAGCGAUAUAAGAAUACUCUGUAACAAUGGUAUAUAAUACCGGUAGGCAGGUCUGGUUUUUGUGACGGUGAAUACUAUUUAACUUAAGGAUUGUUCGAUUACAUAUUGCAGCGAUAAGACGCGCGACCAAAGGUCGACUAAACGGAUGUAACUUGUAACCAAUAUACCGAGCCUUUAAUCUUUGUUA